CAAGAUGGAAGGUCCUUCGACUUACUCUACCUUCAGAGCCUUCACGCCCCACUUCAAUGCUCUCGCUAGAGUAGGGUACUUCAAACUGAUAACCCCGAUUUCUCCCACUCGGUUAAUAUUACACAACUGUUAUCGUGGGUUUAUAUGGUUGUUAGUUCUGUCGUACAACCUUCAGCAGCUGAUAAGGAUAGUUCAGACCCGGCACAGUACUGACGAGAUGGUGGAUACCUUGUUCAUAAUGCUGACUACCCUCAACACGCUGGGGAAGCAAGUGGCCCUAAAUGCGCGCGUGCGCCGCGUGGAUCGGAUCCUCAACGUCAUUAACGGUCCUAUAUUCGCUGCGAAAAAUGUAGAGCACGUAGAACUGAUGAAACUAAACGAAAAGACCAUGGCACGCCUGUUAUAUUUUUUCCAAGGCAUGGCGAUGACGGGGUGCGUCAUGCAUGCUACUUACCCUUUGAUCAACAAGGCCCUAGGCCAGGACGAGGUUGCUUCUUAUUUUUCUUCUGAAACUAAUGGAUCCCUAACCUAUGAAUUAGCGACAUGGUACUUAUCCAUGGUACUCACAAUCCAAGCCUAUGGUAACAUUACCAUGGAUUGUACUAUUUCGGGGUUUUACGCAAUGGCCAAAGCACAGCUUCAAGUGUUAAGAUACAACCUAGAACAUCUUGUGGAUAUUGAUGAGGAGAUGGAAUCAAAAGAUAGUAAGAUGCAAGAAAGGUUUGCAUACCAGGAUAGUCAGGCUAUACAGUCACGUUUAGUGCAUUGUGUGCGACAUCAUCUACAGAUUAAAUGGUUUGUCAAAGAAGUAGAGUCAAUCUUCUGUGAGGCGAUGACUGUACAAUUUUUGAUAAUGGCAUUUGUUAUUUGCAUGACUGUUUACAAGAUUGUUGGGCUUAGUGCAUCAUCAGCAGAAUUUUGGAUGGUGUUUGUGUAUCUAAACUGCAUGCUGUCGCAACUUUUCAUUUAUUGUUAUUUUGGGACUCAAGUAAAAGUUGAGAGUGAAUUUAUAGCACAAUCAGCGUACUGUAGUUCCUGGUCCCGUCUGUCCCCUGCAUUUCGGAGACAGCUGGUGAUUCUGAUGCAGUGCGCGCGUCCCAUCGUCCCUUGUGCCGCGAAAAUCGUCCCCGUCUCUCUGGAGACUUACAUCGCGGUGUUAAGAGCUUCGUACACACUGUUUACAAUACUCGACAAGCAAUAGAAUUCCUGGAGCAAUAAAACGUAGCUACAAAUAUGAUAGAUCUAUAUUUGACACAACUACUUUCAUAAAGCUAGCAAUAUAAAAGAUACACGGACGAAGAGUGGAGUCGAACAACACUGGGGUAUUAUAAAUCGUUAUUAUUAUGUU